GCCCACAGGCUGCGCAGCGCCUGGGUGCCCUCGUGCCUCGGGCAGUCCCGCAACCUGCAGGGCCGACGGGCCAGGUCCUCGCCCUCGCUUUGGGACAGCUCGCUGCAGGAGCAGAAGGGCGAGCUGCGCAAGCGGCUGUCCUACACGACGCACCGGCUGGAGAAGCUGGAGAACGAGUUCGACUCCACCCGCCACUUCUUGGAGAUAGAACUGCGCCGUGCGCAGGAGGAGCUGGAGAAAGUUACCGAGAAGCUGCGCAGGAUUCAGAGCAACUACAUGGCGCUGCAGAGGAUCAACCAGGAGCUGGAGGACAAGCUAUUCCGCAUGGGCCAGCACUAUGAGGAAGAGAAACGAGCUCUCAGCCAUGAGAUUGUCGCCCUCAACAGCCACCUGCUGGAGGCCAAAGUGACCAUUGACAAGCUCUCGGAGGACAAUGAGCUCUACAGGAAGGACUGCAGUCUCGCGGCGCAGCUGCUGCAGUGCAGCCAGGCCUACGGCAGGGGCCGCAAGAUGGCCGAGCUGCCCGCAGAGUUCCAGGAACGCAUGAACCUGCACGCGGAGAAGCCAGGCUGCAGCCUGCCCGCCCCGCUCUGCCGCCCGGCCUACGCAGACAGCGUGCCCCCCUGCGUGCUCGCCAAGGUGCUGGAGAAGCCGGACCCCGGCAGCCUGUCCUCCCACCUGUCGGAAGCCUCGGCCCAAGACCUGGGCUUCCCCGAGGGGCUGGAGAAGCCAGGGUCCCGACCCCCCUACAAGGGGGACAUCUAUUGCAGCGACACGGCCCUCUACUGCCCUGAGGCGCGGCACCAAGACCGGCGGCCCAGUGUGGAGGGGCCCGGGUCCGAUGUGGGCUUCCUGCAGGCCCAGAACUCCACCGACAGCACGGCUGAGGAGGAGGAGGAGGAGGAGGAAGAUACCGAGGCCGGCGCGGCGGCCUACCCCGCCAGCUACCGCCAUGAGGCCUUUGGCGGCUACGCAGCCUCGCUGCCCACUUCCAGCUCCUACUCCAGCUUCAGCGCCGCGUCCGAAGAGAAGGAGCAUGCCCAGGCCAGCACGCUGACCGCCUCGCAGCAGGCCAUCUACCUGAACAGCCGCGAUGAGCUCUUCGGCCGCAAGCCGCCUGCGGCCUACGGGAGCAGCCCACGCUAUGCGGCCGCCGCGGCUGCGGUGGCUGCCCCACUGGAGGCCGCAGUGGCUCCGGGGUUCCCCAGGACUGUGUCACCGUUCCCCGCCGAGCCCUUCCGCUUCCCGCUCUCCCCAGGCCCCCAGCCUGCCCUGAUGCCCCCCAACCUGUGGAACCUGCGGGCCAAGCCUGGGUCCGCCCGGCUGGUCGCAGGGGCCGGGCGCGGCCAGUGGCGGCCGCUGAGUGUGGAUGACAUCGGCGCCUACCCCUUUCCGGCCGCGGCCGCGGCCCCUGCCCCCAGCCUCGCCUCACCCGGCGGCUUCAAUGACCGCUACUUUGGGGCCCGAGGCGGCCCCGGCGAGAACGCCGAGGGCCGCGCCAGCCCCCUCUACGCCAGCUACAAGGCUGAUAGCUUCUCGGAGGGCGAUGACCUCUCCCAGGGCCACCUGGUCGAGCCCCGCUACCUCCGGGCAGCUGGUGACCUGAGCCUUAGCCCCGGCCGCUCGGCCGACCCCCUGCCCAGCUAUGCGGCCAGUGAGGGGGACCGCGAGCGGCUCGGGGUGCAGCUCCUCGGGGCAAGCGGCAGCCCCGAGCCUGAGCUCAGCCUCCGCAGCUCCAGGGACUCCCUGGAGCCCAGCUCCAUGGAGGCCUCCCCGGAGAUGCACCCCGGUGCCCGCCUCAGUCCCCAGCCUGCCUUCCCUCGGGCGGGCAGCUCGGGGCUCAGCCGCAAGGACAGCCUCACGAAAGCCCAGCUCUAUGGAACCCUGCUCAACUGA